UUCACUACAAAGCAGCAAGCUUUCUCCCCUCUCCUGUAAUAAAACCAGCAAUCUUGACGAAGAGAAGAAAAAAAAAACAAAUGAGCCUGAGAAAUCUAAAUGAAUGGACGAUUAUUGCCAAAGAAGCGUUCAACGGAUCCUUCUUAGUAGCCAAAGCUCUUUGCUUUCUCCAUGUCACCAAAACCUAUGUCUUCACUGUUGCUUCUCUCUAUGGACCAAGUAUGCUCCCUACCUUUAACAUUAGUGGUGAUUUGGCAUUGGCUGAGAAGAUUUCACACAAGCUUGGCAAAGUGGGUGCUGGAGAUAUUGUUCUUGUUACAUCACCCGUGGAGCCAAGAAAAAUUGUGACUAAAAGAGUUGUAGGUGUUGAGGGUGAUUCUGUUACUUAUGUUGUUGAUCCCAAAAACAGUGAUAGAACUGAGACUAUUGUGGUUCCUAAGGGCCAUAUUUGGGUAGAGGGAGAUAACAUAUAUAAAAGCAAGGAUUCAAGAAACUUCGGGGCAGUUUCUUAUGGCCUUCUUCAAGGGAAAAUGUUUUGGAAGAUAUGGCCACCCAAAGAUUUCGGACCGCUUGGGAACAAAGAGCAAAACAGCUGAAUGAAUGUUGUUAGCUCUCCCAAAGUCUGAGUUGACUGCUGUGUUGAGAUCAAGUAUGAGCAUGAAUAGAAUGAACCCAAUUUGUUCAUUUCUAAUUAGUUCUCGAUACAACCAGGUGCCCUACUGCAUUUUGGGGGGCUUACAAGUAGCUGGGGCAGUCCUUGCUCUGGAUGAUCACCAUGCCUAAAGUUACAUUAUAUUACCUUAGUGAUGACUUGCAAGUAUCUAGAAUCUACAUUGCAAUUCCAUUUUUGUUUCAUGAUGGAUUCUUUUCAUCCAAAACAAUCCGAAGCUUCCUCUGCUUUUCUAUUGUCGUGAAUACAGCCAUUACUGAUUGAUAGAA